AUUCCUUAUUCAUUUGCUUUCACAUGGGAAAGGAGAGCUGACAGCCAAGGACUUUAACUUUAUUUUUUAAUAUAUCAAAGAUGAACGGGAAGAUGAAGGAAAGAUCAAUAAUAAAGAAGGGAAGAAGGCGUAUCAAUGAUCAAGGGAAGGAAAGGGAAGGGGAGGGGGUUGGGACCUGAAUAUAUAAAUAGAAAGAGAACUUGUUUGUGUAUAAUAGACUUUCCCGAGACCAUAUACUCCUAUUGGUGAACUGUUUGUAAUUCCUCUCCGAUCUUUCCGUGUAUUCAGUACCCCCGCCCCUUCCCCUUUCCUCUUUUCUAUUAUUUCCUUAUACGACCUUUCUUCCUCUCUCCUCUCUCCUUUCUCUCUCUUUUUUUUUUCUCUUUUUCUCUCAUAUUUAAAAUAUGUCUGCUGUAGAUACAGUAAGUCGCUUGGAACAGUAUCGUCGUGCAUUUCAAAAGUACGCCUCGGUUGAAAAGGACAAUGAGAAAGUGAUGUCGAAGGAAGAUUUCUUGGCUGCUAUUGCUCCUCAGGAAGAUUUCAAAAAGAUACAAAGAGAACAGUACGAGCUACUUUAUAAACUAGCCGACAGGAACAACAAGGGCUCGGUUACCUUUGACGACUUUGUUAUCUUUCAAGACUUGCUGUCUAAGCCUGACGCGGAGUACGAGGUUGCCUUUCGCAUCUUUGACGUGAAUGGUACAGGUAAGGUCACCUUUGACCAGUUCAAGCAGGUCCUCUCGAGUCAUAUGCCCAGUGAUGCUGUCCCUUUUGAUUUUGACUGCGAUUGGCUCAAGUUAUAUAUCGGCUCAAAGGAAGGCCAUCACGAGUUAAGCUAUCAGGAGUUCGCCCAGCUCAUCAAGGGACUACAAGGUGAGCGUCUUCGUCAAGAGUUCAAGCACUACGAUAAGGACCAGACUGGGUACAUCUUGCCUGAAGACUUUAAGAAAAUCAUCUUGGACGUGGCCAAGCACAAAUUGUCUGACGACGUGAUUGAUCAUCUACCAACUUUAUGCAAUCUCUACAGCGGUAACAAGAUUAGCUUUUCUUCUGUGGUUGCCUUUCAUAAUGUGAUUCGUAAUAUCGAUAUGGUCGAAUCCGUCAUUCGCAAAGCUAUUGAUGCCAGUAAGGACAAGAAAAUUACCAAGGCCGACUUUUUGAAGCAUGCUCAUGAGGCAAGUCGAUAUACCGCCUUUACCCCUAUGGAAGUAGAUGUUGUCUUCCACUUUGCUGGUGUUGAUGAUGACUCUGGUGUGCUUGGUCUUGAGGACUUUGCUCGUGUGUUGGAUCCUCGCUGGACACAAUCAAGGUCAACCGAACAGAUUGUUCUACCUGAAGAAAAGGUCGUUCAAAAGAGAGGUGCUCUCUGGCAGCUCGCCGAAAGCGCCUAUUCAUUCACGCUUGGUUCUGUGGCUGGUGCUAUUGGAGCCACGGCUGUAUACCCUAUCGACUUGGUCAAGACGCGUAUGCAAAAUCAAAGAUCCAAGGUUGUUGGUGAGCUUCUCUACAAGAACAGUUUGGAUUGUUUCAAGAAGGUCAUGAAGAACGAAGGAUUUACUGGGUUAUAUAGAGGUUUGGGUCCUCAGCUUGUGGGUGUCGCUCCGGAAAAGGCUAUCAAAUUGACUGUCAAUGAUUUUGUCAGAUACCAGUUUACGUCUCAUCAGAAUGGCGAAAUCAAGUUUUGGCAAGAAAUGGUCGGUGGUGGUGCUGCUGGUGCUUCUCAAGUAGUAUUUACGAACCCAUUGGAAAUUGUUAAAAUUCGUUUACAAGUACAAGGUGAACAAGCCAAGAGUAUGCCUGAUGCCCCUCGUCGUUCGGCUCUUUGGAUUGUGAAACAUUUGGGUGUUGUAGGUCUCUACAAGGGCGUGGCUGCAUGUUUGUUAAGAGAUGUGCCAUUCUCUGCCAUCUAUUUCCCAGCCUAUGCUCAUCUGAAAAAGGACGUUUUCAAGGAAGGCCCUGAUCACAAGUUGACUAUCUCAGAGCUGCUGUUAUCUGGUGCAAUCGCUGGUAUGCCUGCUGCUUAUUUCACAACUCCUGCUGACGUGAUCAAGACACGUUUGCAAGUCGAAGCACGUAAGGGUCAGACGACAUACAAUGGUAUCAUGGAUGCAGCAAGAAAAAUUUAUGCAGAAGAAGGAUUUAAAGCUUUCUUCAAGGGCGGUCCCGCACGUAUCUUCCGUUCUUCACCUCAAUUUGGUGUCACUUUGACCGCAUAUGAAUUAUUACAUCAAUUAUUCCCUCUACCUGGUCACGGAGCUGCUGGUACAGCCGCACCUAGCCCACAAAAGGCUGUUAGCCAACUAGAAGCUGCAGAACAGAGACAAAUGUUCCGAUCGACUAAUGCACUAAAGAUGCUGUUGGACCUUGACUAUAGAUUCGGUGUAUAUCAAUUACCCAAAAAGGAAGUAUAGAUAGAUUUACUUGUGUUUUAGUAUAUGUACGUAUCCCCCCUCUUAUUAUUAUAAAAUAUACUAGUUUAUUGUUAUUGCGUUGUUUAAAUAAAAUGAAUAAAAAGAUUGAACAAUGAAUUGAUCACUCCACUGUACUUACUUUUAGACCAACCUACAAGAAUAUCAUUAAAUACCACUUGGAGAAAAUGAAUUCUACUGUAUAAACAGACAUAUUAAAGUAUAUUAGUACUCCUUGGCAGCCCUGAUUAUGAAUCAAAUAACAGUUCCAAAUUUAACCUUGACUUAAAUCGUCCUGUGAUAUUACAGAAACUCAACCUUUUUCCUUUGCAGUAGGAAGGAACCAACUUGAUUGUAUGGCC